AUGUCUUCCAACAGCCAAAUGGUCCCCGGCCUCUCACAAGCUACGAUCAAUGACAUAAUGACUGCAUUUGGUGGUAUGAUGCGUCAAGAAAUGCAGAGAUUUGAGCAGAGAUUUGAGCAGAGAUUAGAGAGAAUCGAACAGUUUUUGGGCCCCGCACUAUACCAAAAUCCUACUUCAUCUCCCAAUCCUACUUCGCCUCUCAAUCCCACUCUUCCCAGCAUUAAAAUACCACAGCAGAACCUCUCUCACACGAACGACUCGUCCUACCAUACAAAUCCAGGCCACUUACGAGCGGAGGAGAUAGGAUACUUCGAUCUGCAACAGGCAAAUGUGGAGAAGAACAAGAGCACGGGCAGCAGCAGUGACACAACAGGCCUACUCUCCACGGUCUCACACCAAUCCACUCAGCCAGUGCAAGAGAAAUCACUACAGCAGGCAAAAGCGGAGAAUACUGCGGAGAAACCAAGCGGCAACAAGGCCACCACCAUCAAGAACACGGCUCAGCUCUCCAAGAUCCCAGGUCAUAUACUCUCCACGAUCCCACGUCAGAUCGCCACUCAGCAAGCGGAGAACGACACUACAAUUUGGCCUGCUAUCUCUGCAUGCCUAGGCAAUAUUACAUUAGUGUGGUACAUCACUGCAAUAAGCAAACAAGAGAAGGAUCUACUGCGACGAUCACAGCCAAAUUACUACGAUGAGAAGGCGAAUCAGAAGCAUCAUGGCCAGUAG